AUUCUGAGCAAGAUGGAGUAACUUAGGUUAAGUUGCUAAUGUAGUUCAUACACCUCUGUGUGCAAUGCCCACGGGGACCAGAAGAGGAUAUAGGCUUCCCUGGUACUGGAGUUAUAGACAGUUGUUAGCUGCCAAGUGGGUGCUGGGAACCAAACCCAAGGCCUUUGCAGGAGUAUCUAGUGCCCUUAAUCGCAGACUCGUCUCUCCAGUCCUGGAAUGACAGAUUUAUUUCCAGGUCUACUAAAUCGUUUUUGUUUUUACGUGGGCGAUACUUGAGUUUAUUUAGCCCUCCCCAAGAUGGCACCAUUCUUUUCCAUCACCCAAGUCUUCCCACUCAAGAUGGUGUCCACUGCAGUAUAAAGCUAUUUUCAGUCCUUCUCAAAAUCGCACCAAUACACUAGCUCUUACCUUCCUGCCCUCCUCAAGAUGAUCGUUAAUUAUUAAUUUCCGUUUCCAGGGAUACCGCCCCCACCUCCACCGACCUUCUCAAAAUGGCGGUACACUAACUAUGUACCGCAGACUGACUUUUUCAAGAUGGCUCCGAGGUCGUAAGUUUACGUCGUAAAGUCACGCAAAUUUAGCGUCGCUAACCGAGACACUUCCGGUUCCGCCGUCGGCUAGCUCCCGAGGCCUGACAGGAAUCAGAGAGGCUCCGUCUUGGGACAGGAUACGUGGACGCCAAGAUGGAUCGGAGAAAAAAGCCUCUGGACGUCACGGCCUCCUCGUUGGUAGAUCUUAAGGCUGAGCUCUUCCGAAAACAAGAAGAAUUCAAACAAGAAAAACUUCUGAAAGAUUCUGGAGCUUUUGGAAAACCAAAGACAAUUAAUAAGAAACCAAGUAUCUGGAGCAAGCAAAAUGCAGGCGUUUCAAAUCGAGCGGAGAAGGACGCUGAGCAGAAGCUUGAGGAGCAGAAGACUUUAGACAAAGCAAGGGAAAAAUUGGAAGAAAAAGCCAAAUUAUAUGAAAAGAUGACUAAAGGAGACUUUCUAGAUGAGGAAGUAGAAGACAUGUACCUUGUGGAUUUCACACAGAAGAUCAUAGACAAGCGCAAAGAAAUGGAGGUGCUUGGUGCCAGGAGAGAGUCCCAAAAUGCAGAAGAGAAAGAUGAUGAAGAGCUUUCUGAAAAAGACAUACCUCCUCCCCAAGACCCCAGCGAGGAAUGGGUGGACUACGUGGACUCUUUAGGCCGAUCCCGGCGCUGCAUGAGAAAGGAUUUGCCAGAUCUGUUGGAGAUGGAUAAAAACCUUCAGGGGAGACUUUUUGUUAGUCCUGCUAAUGAAAAAACGUUAUUAUCUGAAGACAUGAGGAAAGAACUUCAGCGCCAGCAAUGGGAAGAGGAGGAAAGGGAGGCCCUGAGAAGGCCAAUGGGGCCCAUCCACUACGAGGACAUUCGAGAAAAUGAGGCCCGGCAACUUGGUGUUGGCUAUUUUGCCUUUGCCCGAGACAAAGAGCUGAGAAACAAGCAAAUGAAAACCCUAGAGAUGCUGCGUGAGCAGACAACAGAUCAGAGAAUAAAACGAGAAAGCAUAAAGGAAAAGCGAAAGGCUGUGUUAGAAGCAAGACUUGCCAAGCUGCGACAAAAAAAGAUGAAAAAAUCAAAGGAAGAUGGGACAGAAGAAGAAAACAGAGAUGGAGAUGUUAUUGGGCCUUUGCCACCAGAACCAAAAGCUGUGCCAACUCCGCCUCCUGCUGCCCAGAACAGCAAGGUAGAAGUUAUCAUCCAGGAGAGAAGGGACACCAAGCCUGGAGUGCCACACGUCCGAGAGUGGGACCGAGGAAAAGAAUUUUCCUUUGGAUACUGGUCAAAGAAGCAGUCAGAACUCCGAGCUGAGCGAGAUCCUGAGUUUGCCCCACCAUCGGAUUACUUUGUGGGUCAAAAGAGAGCCGGUCCUUUGGGUAGCCAGCCAUGGAACAGACUGGAAUCUGCACCCAGCAACCCAGGGCAUUGCUCUGACCAGAGCCAGGAACCUAGCUCUCCAUAUAAGCCAUCUACUACUGCCUCUGAAAUCCCAUCACAAGCCCCCACAGUAACUUUCCAAAGUCUGGAUGAUAUGAUAUCAUAUUAUAAACAAGUCACAUGACCUUGAAAAGCAUUCUGACUUGAAUUUGUGUCAUCAAAGGUGGGGAAAGGACUGAGUUGUACCUUUGUCCUCCUGUUCUUUCCCUGGACUGCUUGGGCUUGAGGCCAGAUUAGUCAGCAGAGGACGGAAUGGUACAAUGGGAAUUCUUUGACUACUUUACUGUUUAGCUGUUCAUUUCUUUUUUCUUUUUUUUUUUAUUUUUUGGUCUUUUUCUGAGACGGGGUCUGUUGGUCUAGAACUCGCUUAGACCACGCUGGGCUCAAACUUACAGAGAUCGCCUGCCUCUGCCUCCUGAGUGCUGGGAUGACAGGUGUGCUUCGCCAUUCCAGGCAGCUGUUCAUUUCUUACUGCUUGGGGUAGAGGGAAUUUAUCUGCUUCAUUCCAUGCUGGCCCAGUUGUAAUUUAUUGGAGUUUUCAGUUGUGAGAACUGUGAAAUAUGCUGCUAAGGAGCUUGUAACCCUGCUUCACACACUCCAUGACUUAAAGGCUCCAUUCCAUUCCUUUUGAAAACACUAUCAUGCAGGUGUCCACUCCACGGAUUAAGCUUCCAGGUCAGUUGAUGGAGUAAGAUCCGGAGUUUGUACCUGUCUAACGGCCAAAUGAGAGACUAUUAUAGGAGGCAAAGUAGGAAAGAAGUUGGUGAAAUAUUAAACAGUCACACUUGAAAUCCUAAGAGCAGGGAAGAGCACCUUCACAACCAUAAGAGUAGAAGUUGAAUUGUUUAAUUGUCAUACUAGCUUGUUAUCUAAACCCCUGUACACUCCGUCACCUGCUAAGUUGAGCUAAAUAACAGUUGUUCCUGGAGGCUGCUAGUCCUGGCCAGAAGCCAGUGCCCCUUAGCUGUAUCUCUGAGAACUUUUCAUCUUGUCCUACCCUCCUGCCCCAGUGCCCCCUGUGGUUCCCUCUGCUUGAGGCUCCGUACUCUAGAGCCUAAGUAGAUUAGACUUGAGUGUGUCAGAUGGGCUGGGAUCCAAAGGACAUCACUGGAUAGGGACCUCCCUGUCUCCUGCCUUUUUAGAGAAUUCCUCCUACAACUGCAGACAAGUAGUCAGGAGUUGGCUACCAGAACCUCAGGAAGAGUGGGUCCCUUUAAGAACUCAGGGACUCUCCAGAGGCCUGAAAGAAUGGGAGAGAGGAGGAAGGGAAGACAACUUACCUCUUUUGGGUCUCUUUGAUAGCCCUGCCUCUGCUCCACAGCACUGCAGUGUGAGCUGAAGUGUCCCAUUCUCACUAUAUAUGACCCACUGGAGUGUGGAGAGGGUCAACCCCUGGCUCAAGGUCAUGUGGCAUCUAAGUGACAGAGCAGGAUUUAAACACAACUUCUAACCUCUGAACUCAUGCUUUUCCCAGCACCUUCUGCUCCCUGUCUUGUGACCCCAGUAUUAAAGUUUAGAUAAGAUCCAAUUCUUAGAAAGUUACUUCUGAACUCCAAAGCAAGGGCAAAAUUGCCAGACCUAAUUGUUAAGUCUAGGCAAAUACCUCUUAAUAAAUACACAUUGAAACUCA